GCGAGCGCGGUUAGACUGUGGGGAAAGCAGCCGCGAGGCCGCCGCCCGCAGCCCCAGACGCUCCGGCGCCGGGACACAGCACUCUCUGCACCGUCUCUCGGCUGUACCCCCACCCGUUUGACAAGAUGUCUGUAAAAGAAGGCGCUCAGCGCAAGUGGGCCGCGCUGAAGGAGAAGCUGGGGCCGCAGGACUCAGACCCCACGGAGGCCAACCUGGAGAGCGCCGAGCCUGAGCUGUGCAUCCGGCUGCUGCAGAUGCCCUCGGUGGUCAACUACUCGGGCCUGCGCAAGCGCCUGGAGAGCAGCGAUGGCGGCUGGAUGGUGCAGUUCCUGGAGCAGAGCGGCCUGGAUCUGCUGCUGGAGGCGCUGGCACGGCUGUCAGGGCGUGGUGUGGCCCGCAUCUCGGAUGCCCUGCUGCAGCUCACCUGCAUCAGCUGUGUGCGUGCGGUCAUGAAUUCACAGCAGGGCAUCGAAUACAUCCUCAGCAACCAGGGUUAUGUGCGCCAGCUCUCCCAGGCCCUGGACACCUCCAAUGUAAUGGUCAAGAAGCAGGUGUUUGAAUUGCUGGCUGCUCUGUGCAUCUAUUCGCCUGAGGGCCACGCACUGACGCUCGAUGCCCUGGACCAUUACAAGAUGGUGUGCAGCCAGCAGUACCGCUUCAGCGUCAUCAUGAAUGAGCUCUCGGACAGUGACAACGUGCCCUAUGUGGUCACCCUGCUCAGUGUGAUCAACGCUAUCAUUCUGGGUCCUGAGGACCUCCGCACUCGUGCCCAGCUGCGGAGUGAGUUCAUAGGGCUACAGCUGCUGGAUAUUCUGACCCGGCUACGGUGA